AUGUCAAAUUUACCUUUUAAAGUCAUUGUGGUUGGCGGUGGGCCAGUCGGACUGACCGCUGCUCAUGCGUUGCAUUUGGCCAACAUCGAAUUCGUAAUUCUUGAACGGAAUGAUGAUAUCGCCGUCGAUGUCGGCGCUAGUCUUGUUCUUGGAGCUCAAAGCAUGCGAUUUAUGCAGCAGCUAGGUCUACUCGAUAAGUUGCUUUCGAUAGGGCAGAAGUUGUCAAACAACAAAUCAUUUACCAAGGAGGGCAAAAAGUUCACUGACAGUACAUCCAUCACCAUCAUGGAAAGGAACUUUGGCCUUAAGCUUAUUGCGUUCCAUCGAGCUGAUCUUGUACGAGCUCUACUAGACGGUCUGCCGGAUAGCGCAAGGGCUAAUUACUUGCUCGGCCAGAAAGUUGUCCACAUUGCAACUGGCAAAACCGGCGUGGUUGUCACUUGCGCCAAUGGAAAGACGUAUUCCGGAUCUAUGGUGCUUGGGGCCGAUGGUGUGCACAGCCAAACGCGCAAGAUAAUGCAUACUCUUUCAGCUGAGAACAGGGUCUCAGCUACCCGCAAUCCGGAACCACCCUUCACUGCCAACUACCGAUGUUUAUGGUCCAACUUUCCGCGACCAAGCGAGCCUGGGCAGGGAUACGAUUCACAGGGCAAGGACCGCUCCGUUAUGUGGCUGACUGGCCUUGAACGUGGUUGGAUUUUCUUGUACGAAAAGCUGCCAGAACCAACGCAGGAGUCUAAACGAUAUACUAAGGCAGAGAUGGACGAAUUUGCAGCUAGCUUUGCAGACUGGCCUGUCAAUGAAGAUUUGAAGGUCAAGGACGUCUACAAUAGCUCAACGGCAGGCAUGUCGAACUUGGAAGAAGGUGUACUCGAGCAUUGGAGUAUGGGACGGAUUGUGCUUGCUGGCGAUGCAUGCCACAAGUUCACACCUAACGCAGGUCUCGGAUUCACAAAUGGAAUCCAGGACGUAGCGUUGCUCUGCAACCUGCUGCACGGUGCAGUAGAAUCAAGCGCAAACUGCGACAUCAGUGCAGAUGCUCUCCGAAAUGUCUUUCUCGAGUACCAAUCCACACGGAAAACUGCACUUGCGUUUGACUGGAGUGUAUCAGCAGCAACAACUCGUGUCCAAACAUGGGCCAAUCCGAUCUACUGGUUUUUCGGCCGAUUUCUUCUUCCGAUCUAUGCUUUUCAAUGGUUCUUGCAAACAUUUGUUGUAGCUCCACGAGUGAAGCAAAGUAGGGUUUUAAAUUAUGUAUUUGGCGAAGAUCGCAUAAGAGGUCGUGUUGGAUGGGCGCAUCCUAUUUAUGAGAAAGGAAAAGAGCUUUAG